AUGGGUAGAAGAAAAAUUGAGAUUGAACCAUUGACAGAUGAUAGAAACCGUACUGUAACAUUUGUUAAACGUAAAGCAGGGCUAUUCAAGAAAGCACAUGAAUUAGCUGUGCUAUGUCAGGUGGAUCUAGCAGUUAUAAUCGUCGGAAACAAUAAUAAGGUAUAUGAAUUCUCCACUGUUGAUACCAAUGAGAUCUUGCAAGCAUACGAAAACACAAUGAAUACUAGAAAACAAUUGCAUGAAUCCAAAUCCCCUGAAAAUUAUUCGGAUUACAAGAAGAAACGACAUUUACAUGAACCUUUAACCAACAAAGCAGGAACUAUUGUCGGAACCAAUGCACACUUGAAUGAUGAAUCUGAUCAUAAUGUUGUUGACGAUGAUUCCGAAAAUGAUAGUGAUGACUCUCCACAACCAAAAAGGCACAAGAAAUCAGACUCAAUAUCCAAGAUAGAUAAUCAAAAUCCCAAAAUAUUCAAUAGCACACAGCCCCCACCACCUCCCCCACCACCUCAUAUUUCAUUAAAUAAUGUUCCAACAUUCAACAAUCCCAAGAAAUAUAAAAAAAGUGUCGAUGAAGGAAGUGCGCCUAUUUUAAAUACAAAAAGUGAAGAAACACCGUCACAAAGACCAGUCUUACGAGUGCAAAUACCAACUGAUGCCAAGGGUAGUAAAAAUGGUAACCCCAAUGAUAGCACCGGCAAUAGUGACAGUAAAGAUACUGCACGAACCAUAACAGCCGUUGACAAUAGUGCAUUAAAUCAAACUGGACAACUGGGUAGCGGAUCUAGUGGCAACAAUCUCCAAAAUAACAACAAUAACAACAUUAAUAGUAACCACAGCAAUAACAAUUCAUCGCAACCGCAUUCCAAUGGUACACAUGGACUAAUACCAGGAGCUAUCCCCAAUACAAAAUUUACAGGAUUUUCAUCAUUUCGUUCUCCUGAUUCUCGAAAACCAACUUUACCCCUUCCGUUACAUACGAAAUCACAAACAUCGUCACCUGCUAGUGCCAGUGCGCCUGGACUACCAUUAACUGGAGGAAGCAGUGUGUUUUAUUCCGGAAUGCAACAAUCACCACAAGGAAAUACCUAUGCCAAUUAUCCAGCACAAGUUUACCAACAGUUUCAACAAUUUCAACAACAACUUCAACAACAAGGUGCACAACAACCAGGUCAGCAGAACCCACCACCUUCAGCAUUAUCACAAGCAACUUCAACAGCAGCACCUGCACCACCUCCGUCUUUUCAACUGGGAGGUACUCAAACCUCACAACCUGAAUCCGCCAUUCGAUUUCGUCCAGCUGGAACUCAGUUUAAUAAUGGAGAACAAACACCAAUAUCUGGACUACCUUCAAGAUAUGUGAAUGAUAUGUUCCCCUUUCCGUCUCCAUCCAAUUUCUUGGCUCCACAGGAUUGGCCUACUGGUAUGACUCCAACUACACAUAUACCUCAGUAUUUUAUGAACAUGCCACUAAGUAGUACUGGUCAACAAGCUCCCGGACUUCCUGCUGUUAGUAUCCACCAACAACAGCAGCCUCAACAACAAUCACAGCCGGGAUAUAAGCCUGUAAAUCUUGCAUCAACAAUGUUCCAGAUUCCAUCUCAAGGAACCAACGGGGUUAACAGUGUGGGAAAGAUCAGCGAAGCAGAACAAGGAACUAACCCAACCACUGCAGGUAGUUCUGAAGACAAUGGUUCUAAGUUAAAAUCAGAGCAAUAA